GCGCGCGAGCGUGUGUGUGUGUGUCGCACUUGUUUCACGUCCGGCGUGAAUGGGCGGCCCAUUGGCUGCCGUGGAAAGCGGGACCUGGCCGGUUUCUGCCAUUGGCGUGUCUUGUUUACCCUCGCAGCACAGCUGAUGUCUGCGAGGAGGCGGCGAGGGUAAGCGUGGCCGCGAGGGGGGGCUCCUCUCUGCCGGCGGCAUCGACGGCCGCGGCAAGCGACGGGGGCUGUUGCAGGCGGCGGGCUUUUUUUUCUCUAGCACGCGCUUGUGCGUGCGUGCGUGUGGUGUGGAAGCUGUUGCCGGUCGAGCCACGACGAAGACGAGGAAGACGUGCCGCGGAGUCUGACCAAAACUGCGACCUGCCAACAUAAUGAGCCAUGAGCGUCAAUUUCAUGGACGGCCUCUUGGGAAGUAGCGUCGUGAAACCGCCGGACGCAGCGACGGUGGCAGCGACGGUCGCUUCCGCCGUGACGGCCGCUCCGGUGCCGUUCCGUCCCUACCAGACGACGACUGUGACGCGCGCCUCGGACAUGUACCCGUUCGUGCACGCGGCGGCACCGCCGCCGACGUCGACGUCGGCGGCGUCGCCGCUGGGCUACUUCACGUCCAUGGACCUGGCCAAGUCGGACGCGAUGGCAGCGGCGGCGGCUGGAUACGCGGCCGCAGCCCUGGGUCUGGGGUCGCAUGCCGCCGCCGCCGCGGCAGCCAGCGGCGCAGCGACGUCGCCGGCAGCGACCGCAUCGUUGAUGGCUUCCCAACAGUUCCUGGCCGCGGCUGAACUCGCCUACCCGCUUCCCCGGCUCGGAGUCGUCAGGCCCGAGGACGCCUUGGCCGACGUUCCGCGCUACCCUUGGAUGGCGCUUGCAGGUUCUGCGUUCCGGGCCGCCGCUCACAAGCUGCAUCAUCGCGUCGAGGAGUAUCCUCAUUCGUUUCACCUGUUUUCAGGUCCCAAUGGAUGCCCCAGGCGGCGUGGCAGGCAGACGUACACGCGCUACCAGACGCUGGAGCUGGAGAAGGAGUUCCACUUCAACCACUACCUGACGCGGCGGCGACGCAUCGAGAUCGCUCACGCCCUGUGCCUCACCGAGCGCCAGAUAAAGAUCUGGUUCCAGAACCGGCGCAUGAAGCUCAAAAAGGAGCUACGCGCCGUCAAGGAGAUAAACGAGCAGGCGCGCCUGGAGGCCAAGCACUCCGGCAAGCAGCCUCCUUCGAGCGGCAGCGCGGACUCCGCGUUGCCGCAGUCUUCGUCGUCUUCCUCCGCGACUUCGGCGCGCACCGGCGGUGGAAGGUGCGCCUCGGACGGCGCGCCUCGAACCGAACUCGCCGACAGCGACGACAGCGACAAGGACGACGACGAUGUCAUCCUGAACCCCGACGAGCCUUACGACGACCUCGACACUCACGAGGCGCCCGCGACACCGCAGCGGCCUCUGCCGCUGGCGCUGGGCGUCGUAGACGUCAAGGGUGCGUCGUCGUCGUCGGCAUCGUGCGGAGCGCUCCCUCGCGCGUGACGUUGUUUCUUCGACACGAACAUCUCGCGCGAAGAAGAACCUCUACGGGAGAUCGUGCUUCGUUGGAGGGCCGGCUAUAUCCGGCCUUUUAUACGUGGACGUGCGAAAAGUGCGCGUAAAGUUUGCUGACCUACGUGCCUUUUUUUUUUUCGCCUUCGAGUCAAGUACAUUCUUUUUUUUUUUUAACGGAGAAAUUUUCAUUCUGGACGCAUGAAAGGUUGUGAAGUCCGUCCAGUGAUCACCUCAUUCGUACACCCAUCGUCAGAUCUCCCCUCUUCCUCAUGUAGAGCUCGCCAUACCGAGUCCUGGGGUGCCUUUGCCUUUUAUAUAGUAGUUAGACGCUAUUUAAGAGUGAUGCAGUGUGUGCCUGUGGCGUAUAUGCAAAAGCCUUCUGAAGCCUGCACGGCGGGUCAGCGUGCUUCCUGUGGAAACCAUCGUGAACCCCAACGCAAUAAGACUUAUAAUCAAAAAGGUAUAGCAAUACAAAGCUUUAUAACGCUCGUUAGAUUUAUCCUUCGUUUUUUUUUUUUUCAUGCCAAUCAUUCGUGCAAUCCGUUAUUGUUGUCAGACUUCCCCGUUUCUUGCUUUUUGUUUUCGUUCUUUUAUUCUGUCUCCUAUAUGACCGAGUGAUCGUGGCAUCACCAAAGUGGCGCAAUAUGUUAAUCAUUUGCAUUCACGUCGUAUCAUGUCUUUCUGUGUCAUGGACAGAUAGCACAUACCUCCCGGAGGUAUACAGCCGUAUAGUGCUACGCUGGGUUUGUGUGAGCAGAUAAGAAAGAAGCAAGCGGGAACAUAUGCAACGGGCAUUUAUUUUGCGUAAGCUUCUCUCACAUUUUAUUCAACGGCUGCGAGUGUUGCCGCAGUUCAGUCGUGUUGAUUUUUGCGCCAGUAUAGAAUGACCGAGAGAUUUUAUUUUUAAAAGUUGUCAGUUAUUUAGAAUGUGUAUUCGCUUAUAUGCCUUGCAGCCUUUUCGGCACUAUACGUAUCCUCACGAAAAUAAGGAAGUGACUGCUGUGAAUGUGUCCUAAGGUGCUAAUGUAUACGUAGAAUGUGUUCCCGCUGAAAAAAAAAAUCCAUGUGGUUCGUCCUGUGUUUUCUUCCUUGUUCGUUGCCGCUGGUUAAGCUGAUUAUAAUCAAAACAAACGUGGACUAGAUCGCUUUCAACAAGCUGAAUAAAGAGCGUUCUGUUUGUGUGCA